AUGAAAAUACAUUCUGAUAGUCCCCUUUCAAAAAUAGAUCAACUAUUUAACAAUUUAGAUUAGAAUUUGAGCAAAAAUUAAUACAUAAGACUAUAAUUUAAGCUCAAUGGAUAUAAGGAGAAAAAAUUGGGUUAAGAUUAGGUUAUUAUUGAAACAAGUUUGAUUGAUGGAUAAUAUUCCCAAACUGCAAUAUUGAUAGGAAAGGCCGCUGAACUCAUAAAAGUCUACUAAAAUGAGAAAUUUAUUAAUGUGAAUUCUAUGGUAAUAUAAUUGUUACAAUGGAAAGUGGCCUAUUUAGAAAAAAAUAAAGCCUACACCAUUGUGAUAUAUGAAUUUCAAUAUAUAGGAUCCCUAGAUGGGGAACAUGAAUGCACUUAAUACAAUGUAGAUUAAAAUUGUUAAAGUCAAAAAAAACUUAGAGUGACAAUCAAGUAGCAUAAUACUACUAAUAAUAAUACAAGCCACUAAUCAUACAUAACGAAUUCAAUCAAAAAAGUGAAAAUAGAGAAUUCAUCAUUUAUAAAGGAAUCAUUUAUAAUUGAUGAUAAUCUCCUAAAUAUUUCGGUUUUGGAUAACCCAGCAAAUAAUAAAUAAUCAAAUUAGUUUAAAGACUAUUAAUAAUAGUAACUAAUAUAAUAAUAAGAAUUAACAAAAAUAUCUGUUAUGUAUCCUAAUAUGAAGAAAUGGGUCCUGGAAGGUAGAAUUAUCUUAAAAUCAGAAUAAUUAGAUUUCAGAUGUAAAAAAACAGAUAUGAUUUCAAGAUAUUUUAAAAUAAUAAUUUUAGAUUGCGAGUAAGAAAUCAUUGUAGGCUUAUUUUAUGAAAAGGCCUUGAGUAAAUUUUUUUCUGUUUUGUAAUAAGGAAAGGUUUACACAUUUAAAAAUGGAUGUAUAGGUUAAGAUAAGGCAAAUGGUACAAAGAAAAUCACUUUUAAUGAGUAUUCGAUUAUUUCAGAAUCCUAAAAUUUUGCAAUUCCAUCAGCCCCGCAAUUAAAUUUUUCAACACUUUAAGAAAUUGAGACAUUACAACACAAUUCCAUCGUUGAUGUUGUUGCUGUCAUCUAAGAAAUAAAAUAAGAUUCUGAUUCUUGUAAAUCAUUUAUUGUCUUUGAUUAGACCACAAGAUUAUCUGUGAAACUCUGGGGAGCUCAAUACGCUAAUAUCAAUUUAUAAAAAGGGGAAAUUAUGGUGUUUAAAGGAUUAAAAUUUUACAAUACAAAUUUUAAAUCAUUAAACUCUGACCAUUAGACAAUGAUUAUUUAAAAUCAUGACUUAAACGAAGUCAAACAGCUGAAAAGUUGGUUGGCGGGUAAAAAUAUUGAUACAAUUAUGAAGCCAAAUCCAGAUAACUCAACCAUCGAUCUUCAAUAGUUAGAUGAAUUUGUCAUUAAACUAUUGAAUGAAGGCAAGACUUAAUAAACCUCUUAUAAGUACAUUUUUGGCUACAUAAUUGAACUCCAAGAAAAUAGAAAUAUGUAUCCUUGUUGUCCAAGUCUUCGAUGCAAAUCGAAAAUGGAAGAAAUUCCUAGUAGAAAAACAUAUCGAUGCAAAAAAUGUUUAACCGAAAAUCCUUCACCAAAAUUUAGCUUUGUUUUGAGAGUAACAAUCAUGGAUGAAUUUACAAAUAUAAAGGCAGUUAUUUUUGAUGACAUUGCUGUUAAAUUACUUGGAAUAACAGCUGAUUAACUCAGAGCAAUGAGUCAUGAGGAUUAAAGGAACAUAUUUUUAUCAAAGGAAUUUUAACAAAAAAAAAUGAAGGUUUAAAUUUAAUUCCAAGAUUAUAACGGAUAAAUUUAACCAAAAUAUAACGUUUAGGAUAUAGUAGAUAUCGAUUACAAAGAAUUAGCGACAUAAGCAUUCGAGAUGUUUGAUGAAUUAGAUAACCUACUGAAUUUAUCACUAGUGUUGUGA